AGGAAUCACGUGGCACUCCAAAGAAAAUCAAAUUCGUCGAAAAAACCAUUAUGAAAAGUUGUAGAAAAAUUUCUCGUAAUCAUCUUGGUAGAAGAAUUUAUGGUGGUCGGAUUUAUGAUUCUGAACAUGGUACAACUUGUCAUCAAUGUCGUCAAAAAACGAUCGAAGAAAAAGUUCAGUGUACCAAUAUUCUCGAAGAUGGAUCUUUAUGUAAAGUGAUGAUGGAUGAACGAUGUUUACUUGGCAGAUAUGGACAAACUUUACAGGAUGCGCGUGAAUCAGGAGAAUGGAAUUGUCCUAAAUGUAGAGAUGUAUGUAAUUGUUCUUUUUGUAGAAAAAAGAAAGGCCUAUCUGCUACGGGUAUUCUUAAACAUAUUGCCAUAAAGGCUGGUUAUAAUUCUGUUAUGGAAUAUUUAGGUGAUUCUUAAAUUAACAAAUUUUAUUAGUUUUGAUGUAAAUAGUAUGGAAAGUCUAAAUUUUAAUAAAUGAGAAUUUAUAUUAGCGAC